AACAAUUUUUAUAUUCGAUUUUCGACUGUGUUGCGCAGCUAAUAUCAGAUGUCAUUAGUUGCCAAGACAAAUUAGUGGCGUUUCGUGCAUUUUUUAAAUGUAAUUCCUUAUCUCUUUUAACAAAAAAAGAUAUUCUAUCGGCAAAAUGUACGCGUUAAUCGUGUGGACUGGUUACAAAACCAAGAGUGUGAUUGGCAUCGAUAAAUUGGAGCCUGAUAAAGACGAGGGCGAAGAGACGAUGGCACGCUUUGAUGAUGGCCGAUUAUACAAUGCGAAAAUUGUGAGAAAAAGUGAUGACGAGAAGUACUUAAAUAUGUUACCUAUCACUACUGAUGGUGAAGUGAUGGUGAAAAAUAAAAAUACAUACAAACAAAUGGCCCACGCAGAAAAAGCUAUAUUGAAAAAGCAAGAAAAGCUUGCUAAAAAAGAGAGAGAAGCUAAAAAUAAUACAAAAAACAAAGCUUUGUUGGAUAGCGAUUCCAUCUUCGAUGACGGUUUUGGAAACUCAGGUGGUACUUCAAGCUCUGAUUCGGAGAGUAAUAAGAACCAGGAAAGCUGCAAAAUCGAUUUGGAUCAACAAGUAAUCGAUCUAGACAACGAUCCGAGGCGAUUGAAAAAGAUUCUGACGACAUUGAUGACGAGAAGAGCUCCAAAACGAAAACUUGUAAAGACGACGAUAAGUUUCAUGAUCAAGAAAUGUACCGGAGUUCUAAUGAAACUGCGGUUCCGGAGGAGGUGGAACCGACAAGAAAAAGAAUCAGGAAGAAGCGCAGAGACAGCAAGUUCGAGUGGGAUGCCCUGGAAAUUCGUCGAACGAAAAGAACAGAAACUAGUCAAUCCAAGAAGAAAAAUAGCAACAAGACACCAAUUCGUCCUACAUUUGGCUAUGAAAAUAACGCGGAGACAUCACAAAAAAACAGCAGCAAAACAUCGGCUAAUACUGCAGGCACUUCUGGAUUUUGCGGCAACGAUAACGGAACCGAUAGCGAUACAGAAAAUCAAGAACCUAUCGGAAAAAGACAAGACUUUGGUCUACAGCAAAAGAAGAGAACAUUCAGCUUAUUCAGCACUUAAUUAUAUACACUUUAAGGUUCGAAAUCGUGAUGAGCAUGCGCGGAAAAAAAUACAAGAAAGGACUGCUGGCGAACUCGAAGUCUUUCCGGGGCAAAAUCAGGUGCAAAAUUUUUGGGGAUGUGAACCACCUGACUACUCCGAAGAUGAUGAAAAUGUUGAAGAAGAUAUACUUGUAGAAUGCAGACGACCGGGACUUAAAAAAGUUUUGAUAUGUGAGGACUUUCCAGAGGUUUGGAUCAAGAAGUCUGAAUUGACGUGUCUGUACAGGUGGAAAUCGAAACCACAAGAGAUGGCUCGGCGACUGCUCAAACUCCUCGUAGGAACUAAAAAAUUGAAAAACAUGUGCGCGAGAGGCCGCUCAUCUAGGCAUGAACCAAUUCCAGAAGAUAUUGCAAGCUGCGUUGAAUACUACGUGAAUAAAAAGUGCGAGAAAGGUCUUAGUCCAGCAGCAUUCACGACAGUAGUGAAUUUGAUGUGCGAUUCGAUUCGUCACCCCAAAAAAUAA